AUGGACGCUUUAAUAUCGUCAAAGAAUCCUGGGUAUCCUCCAGCUGCAGUCAAGCUGGUUAACGAAGGAAUGGGGCGGUACAUUGACUCCCGAUGUUCGACCAUCGUCAUCGAUGAGCCACUCAUCAUCGCUCGAGCGGCGACAUGGUUUACCAGCAACGAAGUGGCCGGGACUGUUGCUCCAAAAGAGACAUGGAGAACCGCCUCCAUACUCGAAUACCGGUACUUCGUGGAUCAUCUUUUAGAUCCUGGAAUGCUCCCACGUCAUCCACCUGCAUACCUAGCAUUUGGACUGGCCCUGUUGUUUUGUAAAAACCCCCGGCUCUCCGAUGUAUUCUCCUUCACGCACCCUUCCCCCGUUUGGGCGACUCGCAAAGCGACCAUUGUGACACGGAGCCGGAGAGGAGGCGUGCUCGAAGAACCGCCCCUGCGAGACGUAGAUCACGUCCAACAGACUCUAGUCACAUAUACCACCUCCUUGAAGGACACCAUGUCGUGGAUUAGACACUAUCGCAAGACACCAUUUUGCAUCCACGUUACGGAAACUAGCGCCACCCUCAUAUUCGUUGUCAAAUUAUCGAACCAUAAUCGCUUUUGGGCAGUCACGCGAGUCUUUCACUCCUUGACUGAUGACGACGAUCUCGCAUCUAGAGUUCGGGAUGCGAGACACGAGCUACAUCCAGACCAUCUAUUCCAUGAGUCGGACAGUAUUCCACUUGGGAUCAUGGAAGCAUUAGAUGAGCUACCGAAACCGUGCCCUCGACUGGGCCCACAUAAUGUUCUACCGGUGAUAGCGGUUAUUGGGAAGGAUAUCGAUCAUGCAGCUCUCAAUACCGAAGACAACUCGCCUUUCGCAUUGCUCAAUCUCGGCAACAUUAGUCGAGCGAUGGAUCUCAUUCCUCUACCAGUGAUUGCAAAGAGGACCGUUGACGCGGCUAUUCAAGAUCCUAGGAAUAUUUCCGAAGAUGAGGCAGAGAGGGAGGAUGUAUUGGUUCACAAGUCAACCCCAGUUAAUCCUCGCAAAUCGAAAGUAAAUGCCGAAGCUCCCGGUGUUAAUGAACCGCCUCAGGCUCGAGCUGGGGAGCCUACGGACGAUCGAAACGAGGUGGCCAUGACACUCAGGUCCCGCACAGCAAAAGAAAAAUCGAAAGUAGUUGACAAGCUCUGCGUAGAAGUUUGCGGUCUGGAGUUGUGCAUGAGGAGAAAAAUGUGUGGUCACGGGACCGACAAGAGCUCGUGGAAGGAAAGGAAAGGCAAAGGCUAUUGA